CCUUAGUACACAUUCCCGUCAACAAUAUCCUUGUCGGUGGCGCAUAAACUAUGAGCGACAUUAAUCAACACUCGAUAACCUACUACCUUAACUUGAUGUGGGGAUGGGAUUCUGCAUAACGAAAAAGGGGGGGGAGAAUCCGUCCAUGCUUGUAUCCGAUACCCGUUACUCUUGCUGCGUUAAAACGAAAUAUAUGGAUGGGAAAUGGAGGUGUUUGACUCAUCUUUCACUUGAUGACAUGCCGUCAGUGCGUGAUGGAGGUGGAUUUUGCUGCAUGAAACAUUGUAGCGAUGUCUUUGAUUCUGUAUAAAUAGCGUUUCCUGACCCUGUGAAGCAUUCGGAGAGGAUAACUUGAGAGAUUUAUCUAAUUUUUCGAUAUGGCUGUUGAAUGGGAGUCUAAUUUCAAUCUCAU